UACACUUCCGGUUUCAGUGUGACGUGACGCGUAGUUAAGCAUAAAUACAUUUGACUGAGUUUACUGUUUUCUGCAGUGGAUACCACGUACGAUUUUCAGAGCGCACGAAUAAUAAUUUGUUUUAAAAAGAUGGAUAAUUCCGGGAAAGAGAAGGAGGCUUUGACUCUCAUGGCCGAGGCUGAUAAAAAGAUGAAAUCCUCACGAGGAUUUGGGACGUUGUUCGGAGGUUCAUCCCGCAAGUAUGAGGAAGCCUGUGACAUGUAUGUGAGGGCAGCAAACAUGUUCAAAAUGGCCAAGAAUUGGAGUGCUGCUGGCAACGCAUUCUCUCAAGCAGCACACCUUCAUCUGCAGAUGGACAACAAACUUGAUGGAGCCAUCAAUUUCCUUGAUGCAGGCAAUGUUUUCAAAAAAGCAGACCCACAGGAGGCCAUCAACUGCCUGAACCAAGCCAUUGAAAUUUACACAGACAUGGGCCGUUUCACCAUCGCAGCCAAACACCACAUAUCUAUUGCUGAGAUCUACGAGAGUGAGCUAUUAGAUGUUGAUAAGGCCAUUUGUCACUAUGAACAGGCAGCAGAUUACUACAAAGGGGAAGAGUCAAAGAGUGCUGCAAAUAAAUGCCUUCUGAAAGUUGCCACCUACACUGCCCAACUGGAACAGUACCAGAAAGCCAUUGACAUUUAUGAACAGAUCGGAACUUAUGCAAUGGACAGCGUCCUGUUGAAGUAUGGCGCUAAAGACCACUUCUUCAAAGCAGCUCUUUGUCACUUCUGUGUGGACAUGCUUAAUGCAAGGCUGUCUGUACAGAGAUAUGAGGAUAUGUUUCCAGCCUUCUCAGAUGCUAGAGAGUGCAAACUGGUUAAGAAACUUCUAGAUGCAUAUGAGGAGCAGGAUGUUGACGCAUUCACUGAUGCGGUGAAGGACUUUGACUCCAUCUCAAGAUUGGAUCAGUGGAACACUACUAUGUUACUGAGGAUAAAGAAACAAAUACAGGAUGACGAGAGCGACCUUCGCUAAUCCCCUCCCCUCUUCUAAUCCAUCAGAACUAAUCAUCAUCUCCCUCACUACUCCUGGAACUUUAUCACAUCACAUUCCUGAAUAACUUACCAAUCUUAAAUGUUUCUCUCUGAGUGUUUUCAUACUUUAAUCACCAGGCAUUGAACCCUUUAGUGUUUCAUAACUGUCUAUCCACUUCUUAAUCUGUGUGAUGUGUUGUCAAGCAAUAAGGGUUCUGGCCCAGACCCCAAAGAACUACUGGCUAAAACCUGUGUAGAAUAGCACCAAGUAGAUAAAGGUGUAGCCUACUGUACUAGCUAGCCCAUCCAAAUGAGGUGGAUAAUAACUUUGUUAUAGUUUAUUUCUGUUGUGUUGUUUUCUGUAAUAGUAACUCCACACAACUGUCUUAAGUGUUAAUGGUUUUAGGUCAUGUCUGACCUGGACAUUUCCAGGGGCAACAGUAUAUUCUACUAGAACAUACAGUAUAUGUCUUAAAUUGGUUAGUUAAUUAAAAACUGUAUUAGUCAUAAGUUGAGGCUUCUACUUUUAAAUAUAUUGGUCAUUGCUCAAUUAUGCUGCUGUUGUGUUACACAAUAGCAAAGUCUCAUCAGCCAAAAAUGUUUUAGUUGCUAUCUUAUAUUGAAUUAAGACUUUGGAAGAGAUGGAACACAUGUUUUUAACUCUGUUGAUGAGUAUAAUUAUUUCAGUGUGUCUACUAGCAGCCAUUCCCCUUUUAAUCAUUAUUUAUUGAUCUCUGAACUGUGAACAUUUUGAAUUUUGCUUUAUUAUUAUACUGUAGAUACUAUUUUAUGUUGUCAUUCCAAAGGGGAUCUCUUUAAAUUCCUACACAGGAAGCUGGAUUACCUCAGUGCUAUUGGCAGAACUAGGAUGAUUCCAUGGAUUAACCUGUAUUAUCCCAUGUUUUAUUUAUUUCACAUCUUGAUUAAACAUUUGGUUUUCAAUUAUAUUCUGGCUUGAUUAAUAACAGGUAACAUGUUGUACAUGUACAUUAAAGUAUGCAUUACUCAAACAGCUGUAUUACACAGCUACAGAUGACUGUGAUUGAAGGAUGUGCAAGUUUGCAGUGAAACAAUAAAAGCAGUUCAUUAUCCA